AUGGGCAACGUUUUCUCCUCCCCGCAGACCGACGGUGACCGAGCCGACCUUGAGCAGAAAAUUGCCGACCAGAAACAGACCAUCACCGCCCUCGAGGAGGACCUCCAGAAGAAAGAGAAGGAGCACACCCUCGUCUCCAAGGAGGCUGAGGAUCUCCAGAAGAAGGUCCAGGAGUUGAGCAACAACCUCACCGACGCCCAGAAGGAGAGCAACGCCAAGAUCGCUCACCUCCAGUCUGAGCUUGCUGCAACUAACGACAAGGCUGCCGCUCAGUCUCUGGCUGGCGAUGAAGCUACCGCCGCCAGCGCCCAGGAGCUCAACGAUGUCAAGAACCAGCUCGCCGCCCUCGAACACCAGCUGCAGAAGGCUCAAGACGACAAGAAGACUCUCGAAGAUGAGCUUGCCACUGUGAAGCAGGAGCUCGCCGAGGCCAAGAAGCAGCAGGAGUCUCUCGAGCUCUCCCUUCGCGAGGAGCUCGCCAAGCUCAAGGCCGACGCCGACGCCGCCGCCAAGUCUCUCUCCGAGAAAACAGAAGCCAUGUCUGCCGUUGAGGCCAAGCUCAACUCCCUCGACAGCGACCACACCAAGCUCAAGACCGAUACCGCUGCCGAGAUUUCCGCCGCCGCCGACAAGUAUACUGCGCUGCAGGAAACCCUCGACAAGCUCAAGACCAGCACCGACUCCGACCUGGCGGCUGCCAAGAAGGAUCUCAGCGAUGCACAAGACAAGUUUGCUGCCCUCCAGGCCGCCCACGACACCCUGAAGACAGCCUCCGAUGGCGACGCCGCCGCCGCCCAGAAGGACCUUGCCGACACCCAAGAGAAGCUCUCCACGCUCCAAGAGACCCUGGACAAGCUCAAGGCAGAGGCCGCUGCCGAGCUGGACGUUGCCAAGAAGGCUCUUUCCGACAUCGAAGCGAAGUUUGCGGAGCUCCAGAGUGCCCACGAUAAGCUCAAGACCGGCUCGGAGGACGAAGCCGCCGCCGCUGCCAAGGAGCUUGCUGAGACCCAGGAGAAGCUUGCCUCCCUUCAGCAGAAUGUUGACGAGCUUAAGGCCGCUGCAGACGCGGCAUCCAGCGCCACCAAGCAGGAGCUCGCUGAUGCCCAAGGAAAGAUCGCUGAUCUUCAGCAAAGCCACGACACACUCAAGGCUGAGUCUGAGGCUGAGCUUGCGGCAGCUAAGCAAGACCUUGCUGCGGCCGAGGAGAAGUACGCCAAAAUGGAGAAGGACCAGGAGAUCGCGAACGCCGAUACCGAGGCGGCUAAGAAGUCCGCACUCGAGUGGGAGGAGAAGUACAAUGCCUUGCAGCAGGCUCAGGCUACGUCAACUACCGAGCUUGAGGAGACGAAGAAGGCUGCAGCAGAGUGGGAGGAAAAGUUCAACGUCGCCCAACAAGCCCAAGACAAGGCUACCGCCGACGCGAACACCGAGCUCGAGGCUGUGAAGAAAACUGCUGCCGACUUGGAGGCGAACAAGAAAGCUAUCCAAGACGCUCUUGAGAAGGCGCAGUUUGAUGCUGCCGCAACACUCGCCACCGUGCAACAACAGCUGGUGGAAGCUGAGGAGAAGGCCACCACGUUGCAAAACACCAGCGAGAAGGCCCAAUCUGAUGCGGAGGCCGCCAAGAAGGCUGCUGCCGAGAUCGAGGAGAAGUACACUGCCCUUCAGCAGGCCCAUGAGAAGGCACAGCACGACGCGACCGAGGAGUCCGCUCGCCUGAGCAAAGAGCUGUCAGAGCUCCAGACCAAAUACACCACCCUUGAGGAGUCUGCAGACGCUGCUAAGACCGCAUCUGCUACUGAGCUGGAAACUGCUAAGAAGGACGCGUCUGAAUGGGAGGAGAAGACCAAGGAAGCUAGCACCGCUCGUGAUGCUAUGGCUGAGGACGUCGAGACUGCCAAGGGCGACGCCGCUGCAGCACAAGAACGUGUCAAGGCCCUCGAGGCUGAGCUUGAGAAGCUUCGCGAUAGUGCUAAGACCGAAAAGGUCAAUGGCAAGAAGAAGAAGGCGAAUGGCGUCGACAAGACGCCUAAGGAGGAGGUUGUUGCGGCGUAA